CCUAAGCCCCCCCUGCCCCGUUUACUCUUUCUCAGGACGUGAAGUACGGCGACAGGUUCAGUAAGACGCACUAUCCCACUAGUGUGGCUUCCACCUGUAUUCAGUAACUGCGUGCAAACUCAUUCAUAACGAAUGCCUGGUAUUAAGUAGCAGCAUUUGCGUGAUCGCUCAGCAGUCGCAGUCGGAACGAUAGGGGCCCGCAAAAGCAAGGUAAUCACCCCAAUCCACUAUCACUCGUUUCUAGAGCACAUGUUGUAUUAAGCCGCUGCCAGCGUCAAGCGUUUCCUGCCGCGGAAUCGGCGAAAUGUCACACGAGCUUCCGCUGCGACAAGCGAGCCUGGUCGAUGGAGUCGCGGUGUCAUGUAUUGGAGCAAUUGGCGCACGAGUGCACCAAGUGUGGUCAACGGUUUUGUCAUUGCCAAGACGGGGACAGCGCGACGCCGGUAACCCGAAGCACCCAUCGCCUCGCGGCGUGGCCGCUCCUUCCGGUGCACCGUUUACGUUCCCUGCUGCCUCUUCGCUCCAUGAGGACCUACACGCAGGCCGUCACAUUGGCGCUUGCCUAGGGGCGGGUGACCGGCCUGUGUCAUUUCCGGCGGCCGUUGCAGCCGAUGUUGACUUGAAGAGCACCAUGAUGACUGGGGAUCGAUUGGCUGAGGCAGGAUCCUCCGUGGUAUGCACAGCGCCCUCAUCCGGUGUGGGGGGUACGGCGCGCCCAGACGUCUCGACGGGCGUCAUCGCAGACCGGGAGUUCCUGUUCGGACGGCUGGAGCCCCUGCCCAGCUGCAUGGUGCUGGCGGCACUGGACCCCGCCUCCCGCGCUGCCCUGAGGGCCACCUGCCGCCGCAGCAACGCCCAGGCUGCCGCCCUCGACAGCCACCUCACCAUCACCAGCUGCGACCAGGUGGUGGCGCUGACGGCUCCGCUGCGGCGGGCCGGAGCCGCGCAAGGCACGGGCCCCGUCGGCACCAGCACCAGCCGCUAUCGGUGCAGUGACGGCGGCGAGGACACCUGCAGCCGCGAGCAGCUCCAGCAUCCCGACCCGCAGCAAUCUGCAAUUGGCCAUAGCCGCGCGGGCUGGCACUGGCAGAGCAGUGACGUCACGUCGGGGGCGUGCGUGUCGGACGUGUACCGUGCCUCGUCCGCAGCGCCAUCCCGCUCCGCGACCGCGUCCACCUCCGCCUCCUCUGCGGCCUCGUUCCUGCUGGCCACCGCCACCUCAUCCUCGGCAUAUGGCUCAGCUGCAAUCAGCGCCGGCGGCAGUACCUGCAGCAGCGCCGCCGUCAGCGCCGAUGACACGGUGACGGGCUUCCUCACACCCCGCGCAGCCCGUGCCUCCACCAGCCACUUUCCUGGCGGCCACGGCGGUGUCUGUAGUGCCGCCGUGCCCCCUGUAGUUCCUGCUACUCCAAGGCUUACUGGUACCUGGCAAACCGCACCCGCCGCGGCCGGCAGCGAGAAGUCCCAGCUGCAGCUGUCACAGCAGCAGCUGGUGAUGCCGGUCAUGUACCCGUCGCUGCAGCGCAUUCACGUGGCUCUGUGGGAUCGGGGCGAGCGAGGCGGCGGUGAGUGCACGGAGCCGGUAGCGCCGGGCGGCUCCAGCCCCCCGCCGUCGGGCGCUGUGGGCCUGCGGCUGCUGAUCGCGAGUGGCGCGCUGGCGGCGCUGCCGCGGCUUACGCUGCUGGACCUGUCGGGAUGCGGCAGCGCUGGCGGCAGCGGUGGGCUGGUGCUGGAUGUUGCGGGGUGGGAGUGCCUGGCAUCAGGGCUGCCGGCCUCACACCCGCUGCUGCUGCGCAUGCCGCUGGCCAUGAUGCCGCGGUGCGGCUCAGGGGCUGGCCCGCACGGCGCUGUCGCCUUACCGCUGGCGCUGAGCGACCCGGCCAGCAGCAGCACCGGCCCAGGCGGAGGCGCCGCCCAGCCCGCCCAGCAGCCGCAGGCGGCGCUGCCUGCUGCGGGCGCCUUGUGGCGCCAGGCCAGCCCGCCCCAGAUGGUGACUCCACGGGUGCUGUACGAUGCGGGCGAGGUUGCCGGUCUGUUGGCAGCGCUGGCGGCGGCACGGCCGGCCGUGGCCGUGGAAUUGCUGCCCUUCACCAGCAGCGCCUGCGACAGGGCCUUCAUCCUGGCGCCGCGGCCUUCUUCCGCCGGUGGCCGCUCCCGCCUGCUGCCCCUGAGCUCGGCGGCAAACCUGCGCUCGGCGCCCAUCUACAUCACCGCCGACAUGUAUGCCGUGGAGGUGGAGGCGCAGGUGGAGGCGGAGCUGGCGGACAUGGCAGGGCCACCGGCACAGGACCAUCAGCUGCAACAGCAGCAGCAGCAGCAGCAGCAGCACGGAGCGGCAGCAGCGGCGGCAGUGGGGCCAGUGAUGCAGGCGGCGGUGCUGCGCUCGCUGCCUCCGGGCCUGACGUCGCUGUCCGUGAGCGGCUUUGUGCCGGACGACACCGGGCUGCUGGACACACUGGCGGGCCUGCACCAGCUGCGGCGUCUGUACUUGGUGGGCAUGGUGCUGGGCGGCCGCGGGGUGGCGCAGCUGGCGCGGCUGCCGCACCUGGAGCACAUCUCGGUGGACGUGCUGACGCUGGCCAAGAUCAACGGCAACGGCAACGACGGCAGCGGCAGCGACUUGCCCCAGCCGGUGCUGCCCCAGCUGCGCUCACUGACGGUGCAUGACCUCAUUGUCAGCCGCACGCCGCUGACCGCCACCUGCCCUGCCCUAGAGCGCCUGGCCCUUGGCGACUCCGCGGCCGGCGUGGAGAGCGGCGACCCGGUGCGCCGCGCGCGCAGCCGCGAGGCCAACGCGCGCAUGCGGCGCUCCUUCCUGGCCGGCGGUGGGCUAUGCGGGCUGCGGCGGCUGGCGCGGCUGGAGCUGUGGGACCGGCUGUACCCGGCCCGCGAGCUGGUGGGCAGUGGCGAGGCGCUGGGCGAGCUGGUCAUACACGACCAGUCUGGCGGCCGGUGGAGCGCCGAGCUUGCGCUGUGGGCGGGCUCCUCCGCCGCGCCACGCCUGCGCCACCUGCACCUGGCGGGAUGCAGGUCGGGAUGCAGGCCGCCGGUGGCGAUGGCGCCGGCGCAGCAGGCGCCGGUACAGUUUGUGCGGGUGCAGCAGCUGCCACUGCCGCUGCCACUGCCGCGUGUCGUACGGCCUGUGGGCGUCCCGCAGCCACAGCCACUGCCACAGCCACAGCCGCAUGACGGGCAACAGCCGGCCCUGCCGCGCAUGAUUCCGGUGGCCGCUGCCGUGGCUGCGGCGGCUGCAGCGGCCGCGCUGGGCGCUGCACCCGCGGUGCCGCUGCCAGCUCUGCCGUUAGCCCGGCCAGCAGCGGUACCGCAGCUGCUGGCAGCUCCGAGAUCAAGUGGGCCGCCGCGGCCCUGCUGCGCCUUCUAUGAGGGCACACUGCUGUGCGAGUGGGGUCUACAGCGGCCGGUCGGGCAGCGAGCGCUUUGUCUUGGCCAGGGCCCGAGACAGGACCUCCUGGCUAGUGGCACUAACGCCACCUUCCGUAGUGCGUGCCACAGCUGCAACAGCGGCCUCAGCGGAACUAGCUGCAGUGUCAGCGGUGGCGGCUGCGCUGGCACCAACAUCGCGUUGCAGGGCGGGGCCGGGGCGGAUGGCGGCUGCUGCCAGCUGACUCUGUCGGGUCGGGGCACUGACGGCGCCAUGCUGCAGCAGCUGCUGCUGGCCAGCCUCAGGCGGCCGGGCGGGGCCGGCGCAUUGACGUGCUUGGUGCUUGAGGACCUGGCCCGGGGUGUGGCCAGCGAGGAGCUGGUGCAGCGCCUGGUGCGCUGCCUGCCGGGCCUGAAACAGCUGCGGCUGCGGCGCUGCGCCGACCUGGGGGAGUCCUGGGCGCAGCGUCUGAGCACCACACUGCGCCGCUCGCGGCUGCAGGUGGAGUUUGUGCCGGCGCCGGCGUCUGCGGCUGUGGGCGUCCCAUAGAUAGGUGCUGCACGCGGCUGCGACAUGGUCAGGUCAAAGGGGGGGUUAAUAAAUGAUUCCAUUCAUCUCAACGGAUUCCUAUGUAGGAAUGCUAACGCGCCUGAGAUCUUCGCAUUCAUGCUGCAAAGCUCACAACUUAAUCACGAAUGUGUUCCGUACCCUAUGCCACACACACUUUUGAUGCUCCGUGUUUUGCAUGCAUUGUAGCUCGUGCAUGGAUGGGGUUCAUGCGCUUGCUGAUUGAUACUAUUGAGAUGAGCUGUUGCAAAACAUUAUGUGGUGCACAGAAAAGGACUCGUAUACAUGGGCAUUGAACUUGUUGAUGGGCUCCUGGUUGGGGUCAUCUAGCUGGCGGCGUGGACAGCUUGCCUUGUCGGCGGGGCUUAUGGAGCAUGUUCAUCCAUCGCGUAUAGGUUCCAAAGCUUGGAGAGGCUGGUGAAACAGCCCUGAGCACGGAACGGAGACACACAGGACUUUGGGCUAGGGACCAUAAAGCCUGGCCUCGACGGCAUUGGAUGGAGUGCUUUGGUGCCUACGCAUGAACCCUGGUGUGCGUGUUGUCACGGCGGCGCAACACGCGGGCAGCUGCUGCCGGAAGGGGUCAGAUGCGCGACCUGCGGCACAGUGCCAUGAGCAAAAGCUUGAAAGGGGAGCUAUCUGGA